UGUCAUUCGAUUUUUGACAGUCAAAUUGCACCUCCCAUGUUUUGGCAUCGUUUGCUUUAGUAUAAUAGUGGUUUUGUAAAUAAAAAGUUUAUUAGUUAAGUAGUUAAAAUGAUUCUGCUGGAAAUAAACAACAGGGUCGUCGAAGAAACGUUGACGAUCAAAAUUAAGAACGCACUUAAUGGGCAAAAAAACGAAAGUAUAGAUGUCACAGUAGCGGAUUUUGAUGGUGUUUUGUACCACAUUUCUAAUCCUAAUGGAGACAAAUCAAAAAUAAGGAUAUCCAUCUCCUUAAAAUUCUACAAAGAACUGCAACAGUACGGCGCGGACGAGCUCCUCAAACGCGAAUACGGCCAGUAUUUGAUCGCGAACGAGGACGGUUACAACGUUUCUGUUCUGGUCGACUUGGAGACCAUCCCCCAGAACUGGGAGGAGGUGGUGAAAAAAAUCGGGCUCCUCAAGCGAAAUUGUUUCGCCUCCGUGUUCGAAAAGUACUUUGACUUCCAGGAAAAGGGGGAUGAGGGCCAAAAAAGGGCCGUCAUCCAUUACAGGGACGACGAAACCCUCUAUGUUGAAGCCAAGGCCGACAGGGUUACUGUCGUGUUUUCCACAAGGUUUAGAGAUGAAGACGAUGUGGUGAUAGGCAAAGUAUUCAUGCAGGAGCUUAAGGAGGGUCUAAGAGCUUCGCAUACAGCGCCCCCUGUGCUUUUUAGCCACAGGGAGCCGCCGCGCGAACUAGCCAACACCGACGCCAAAGUCGACAACAAUGUCGGCUACGUCACGUUCGUUUUGUUUCCCAGGCACACCGCGCACAACACCAGGGACAACACGAUCAACUUGAUACACACAUUUAGGCAUUAUUUGCAUUACCACAUCAAGUGUUCGAAAGCCUACAUUCACAGCCGAAUGAGGGCAAAAACCUCGGAGUUCCUCAAGGUUCUCAACCGAGCCCGCCCAGAGAACAAAUCCACUGACAAGAAGACUAUUACGGGACGGACGUUCGUGAGAAGAGAUUGAGCUUUUCUUGGUGAUUUUAUGGAGUUUUCAAAUAAUAAUAAAAUAAACUGGUUUAAAUAAUGAAAUGUUUCAUUUUAACCAAGUCACUUUUUAACGUAACAAACCGUACAAUCAUUUUUCCUAUUAUUAUUAUUAUUUAUUUUUUUACUAGCACAACAUUGCCCAGCACCGUUUUUAUUAUUAUAACUUUUUUGUUUAAAAUGAAACAUGGUUUUAAAAAUUAAGUAAUUAUAACGUUGAGUAGUGAAAACUCAUGAUUAUGUAUAAAAAAAGUUUAAAGUCAAAUAUUGUACAUAGAGUGAAUUACAUUUUGUGCUUCCCAUACAUAAUUAAAUAAAAUUUUGAAGCACUUUCUUGCAUAUUGUAUUUGUUACUUUUUUAUUUUUUAGAUACCUAAUGCUUUAUGUUCUUUAAAUAAAAAUUAUUCUAAUAUUUUA